AUGCUAUUCGCCAGAACUAGGGCGAGCUUUAUCCGCCCGCAGAGGUCCGCCGUCUUGAGGACAAUACGGGCCUACCGAACCGUCUCGGAUGAGGCCGCGCUGGUUCUGGCCUGCACGCCGCUGGCAGAUCUGGCCGGGCUCGAGAGAGGGAGAAUAAGGUCUCGGCUGAACGUCACUUUUGAGCCAGGAGAACUGCGUCCGUCUAAACUAACGGUCAAACUCGAGGAGCGAAAAACUACAAUUGCUCUAUGGCAGGCAAGGUGGGAAGCAACCUCAAAAGCCGCAUGGACGCGUCGCGCCAUUCCGGAUAUAGGUAGAUGGUUAGGCAGAACUGUACCGUUAGUGCCUCUGACGUUCCACAUGGCACAGGCACUAACGGGCCACGGAUGCUUUCAAUGGUACCUGAACCGGAUGGCGAGGGYCGACAGCCCACACUGYUACCAAUGUUUGGACAGCUCCGACACCGCAGAGCACACACUGUUUGAGUGCACCUACUGGGACCGAUUCCGCGACCAGCUGAGCGCUCAGUUAGGUCAUCGACCGACCGUGGCUGAUCUUCCUCGGAUUAUUUGCGGCCCAGAGUUUGAGCUACUCCCGGCGGAUCUCACUGAGAAGUUCGUGAUACUAAUAAGAGACGCCAAGGAACAGUUCAGGCUGUUCUAUGGUAUGGUGGAAGGCAUCAUGUCCGMUAAAGAAGAGGAGGAAAAAGCCCGGCAGACCACCAAAGCCAGAGACGCGACCGGGAAGACGAGACCUAGACUAUUUAUAAUAAAAUAUAAAAAUUUAAUGUGA